CCUACCGAUCGCCAUAUUGGGUGCAGAACGGGCUUGUCUUUUCCACGGUCCUCGUACUACGGCGCCGCGCGGAUAGGAGUGGCUCCUGCGGCCGCUGCGCUUUGUUUUGAUCGCUCGGGAGCGGUUUCCCUCGGCUUUCCUCGGGCUCUGCGUUACGCAUGGCACGCGCGCGUCGGCGCUGACUGCGCGCUCUUGGGUCUCCCGUUCAUUGCGUCGAAAACCGAGGAAGCUGCGCGUCACGGCGCGUGUGUUUUUGUGCGAAAUAACUCGAAUUCGUCUCGCGCGCGCCGAAAAUGUCAGACGUCCGUCUUUCGAAUGGCAGCCCGACCCUGGAAAGGAUGGAGGUGCGGCCGGCCGAGCAGCCCAAGCCCUCCGCCUGCAGGAACCUCUUCGGGCUGCUCGAUCACGAAGAGUUAAACCGGGAUUUAAAGGGACGCCUGCGGGAGAUGGAGGAGGCGGCGUCCGCAAAGUGGAGCUUCGACUUCGUGAAGCACAGGCCGAUCCCGAACGGGCCCUUCGAGUGGCAAGCGGUGGACAGCGACCUUUUGCCGGAUUUCUAUAAGCGACUGCAGCGUGGACCUGGGAGUAAAAGCCUGGAUGUCAAUGCGAAUCACGCGUGGGGGCAGCAGCGCGGGGAGCAGCGCGAGCGCCGCGCGGCGGGUGACCGCGUAGAGCAGAACUCGGGCUCCCUGUCGGGAGAGCAGCCCGGCCAUUCGGCGGUCUUUGUGGGUCACCAUCAGCGGGGGGAUCCGGAGGAGGUCUCCGUCACUCAUCACCAGGAGGAUGAGGAGAAGCAGAGCCCCGCUCGGAGGAAGAGGCCGGCGGACCACGAGCUGUUUUCUCAAAGUAAACGGUCACACACGGGCUGCGCAGAGCUGACACAGUGCGUGGAACACACACCCAGGAAGGGCAGCCCCAGCCCCCACACGUGAGAGCUGCACGGGACAGGACUGAAGAUGUAAUUCCUUGUUUUCAUCGAAUGCCUCAGUGUUUGGUGAAGUAAAGAGGAACUGAAGUUUAAAUGAAAAGUACAUAUCGACUUUCCCAAGGACAGGGAGGCUCUUUAAAGCACUGAACAUAAACACUAAAAGUGGCGGCACUCAGUUCAAUUUGCCUCUAAAGCAGUCAAUGUAGCAUUGUGCAAUUAGGUUUUCCUUUUUUGCUCAUUUUUUCCCCCCAUUUUUUUUACACCUGUACAUAUUUUCUUUUCAUAUGUAGCACAUUCUUUUUAUUAAGAAACAAAUUUCCUUUGUUAAAUUGUGUGAAUUUGAUUUGACUUGAAAUGUAGUUUCCUACAUAUUUCCAAAAUGCUGUCUUUUAUUUUUUUUUUUUUUUGAAGGUGGGUAAUGCAUUUUAUGGGUAAUUUUUUUUUCUCUCUCCAUCCAAGCAUUGUACAUUAAGGAUCUGUUUUAAUAAGCCACAUCUUAGUCACUAAAAUAAAAAAUUCCUUUAAAUAUUAAGCUGUUUUAAAUGCAGUAAAAGAUUGAGAUUAUUAAAAAUGAAACACAGGGUCAGAAUCAGACAGUAUUUUAAGUUUAAUCUAUAGCCACUGGCUAACCUGUGGAAGUAUACUGCAGCAAAAUGUAUAUAAAAAAAACACAAAUACAAACGUUAGUGCAGAAUAACUAUAUUUGGAGAAAUGUAUGUACGUCAUAACAUGGCACUAUAUUGAACGUGGAAUUUGUCCUUUUCAAAAAAUUACACUGCCUGUGUAUUUUUGUAAAACCUCAAAAAUGUAUUUGUGUAUAUAACUGUGUAAAGACACUGAGAAAUUAUACUAACUUAUUUAUGUCAAGCUUUUUUUUAAUUUAGGAAAAAAUGGGUUUCUUUAUGACUGUCCAAAGCUUUUUUUUAAAUGCUGGGAUGGUCCUUUUUUUAAAAAAAAAAAAAAAAAAGCAAAUCAUAUAAAGUUGCAAACUGAGCCUGACAAUAUUGUACUUGUGCAUUUUGUAAUGCGUGUUUAAAAUCAAUAAAAGAA